CCCAUUGACGGCGCACCUUUUUCCCGCGCAGGCGCAGAGCGGGGUCGAUGCUGUGAGGAGGAGGAGGCGUCGGAGGAGGCGGCGAUGGCGCUCAACAAGAACCACUCGGAGGGCGGCGGCGUCAUCGUUAACAACAGCGAGAAUGUUUUGAUGACGUAUGACCAUGUAGAAAUCACCUUCAGUGAUCUGGAGCCAAUGCCAGAGGCCUUCAAGGGCACCAAGAAAGGGAGCGUGUUCCUGACUCCCUACCGGGUUAUCUUUGUGUCAAAGGGGAAGGAUGCUAUGCAGUCAUUUGUGAUGCCCUUUUAUUUGUUGAAGGACUGUGAGAUCAAGCAGCCAGUGUUCGGAGCAAAUUACAUCAAGGGCACAGUGAAAGCAGAGGCAGGAGGUGGCUGGGAAGGAUCUGCCACAUUCAAGAUGACCUUUUCAGCUGGGGGUGCAAUUGAAUUUGGGCAGCGGAUGCUGCAGGUGGCAUCACAAGUCUCCAGAGGUGAAAUACCCAGUGGAGCUUAUGGCUAUUCCUACAUGCCAAAUGGAUCCUAUGCUUUUGCACCACCUGCAGCUAAUGGGGGCUAUCCAUAUCCACCUCCGCCUCCAGACUUUUAUCCUGGUCCUCCUGCAGCAGAUGGAAACGUAGGCUACAUGCAGCUUCCACCCCCACCAUACCCAGGGCCCAUGGAGCCCCCUGUCAGUGGCCCAGACCUGCCCUCCACUCCUGCAGCUGAAGCCAAGGCUGCUGAAGCUGCUGCCAGUGCUUACUACAGCCCAGGCAACCCCCACAAUGUCUACAUGCCCACGGACCAGCCACCCCCUCCUCCAUACUACCCACCAGAGGACAAGAAAAACCAAUAAGCUGACACAGACCAUGACCCAUUGCUUUCCUUUUUUCCAUUUUGGCAGCAUUCUGUGGCACAGUCCAUAGCACUGAGGAGUAGAACCUUCCCCCGAAGCACACUGCUUGCAGGGGCUCUAGGAGUAGGUCUGUGCAGAGCAAGGGGAGGGAUUUUGGCAGCCUGGGUCACCUGUGGAGCUCUGAGGAUUUGCUGUCCUGCAGCAUUCCCUUGUCCCUGUGCACGGCAUCGUUACACCUGGAGGUUCUCUUCAUCUCUGACCACUUCCCUUUGUUCUGUUUUGAUAUUGUAGCAUACCUCUUUAGAGUCACCAUCUGCUCUAAACUGCUAAUUAACAUGAUCAUGACAUGGAAACAAAGCUCUUGGGGGUGGGGAGGUGUCUUGAAUUUACCUUAGUGUGCAUCCAAGAGCACCUCUGGACACAGGGAUGCCUCUGGUUAUUCUUUUUAAUCCAGACUGUCACAUCCAAUUCUGCUCUUGAGAAAGGACUUCAAAGGCAGCCUUUGGGAUCUCAAAGGAAGUACACACCUAUGACAUUUUUCAGAUAUAUAUUCAACUUUCUUGGCUUUUUUUUUUUUUAAUCUAACUAAUUCCUGACAAUCAUAGUAAAUAAUCAAAUUUCCCUGCUGCUCACCAUGUAUGACAAUGCUGACCAAUUUCCCUUCCUCAGAUGUGCUGUUCUUCACAGGGUUCUCCAGUAGCAUCUGACCAGUUUAGACCCCAUAGGAACACUAACAUUUCUGCAGUCUCUACUUUCCAGUUAGGUAUAUGAGUUCACUAAGUCCUGAACAUUCUCCUCAUAGUCUAUAAUGCACUUUUGUUUUUCCUUUGUAACACAAGUUACACUUCUUGGCCAGUGAAGCAUCUUCCUGCUGUGAUUUACCUGGUGAAUUAAUAGCUAAUGGGCAGAAAGCAGUUGCUUUACUUCUGCCCUGGAAGUACUUGAGAGAAUAUGCAAAACAUUGGAAUAAGCUGUAAGGUACAGAGUGUUGUUUAUUGCUGUUUCUGUUCCUGGUCCAGCUGUGAAUUCCCAGUCACCCAAACGUGGACUCCUCAAAGCAUUGAUUCCUUGGUCUCAUUAGCAACAGCUCCAGUGCAGAACCUGGGCAGGACUGAUCAGAAUCUGGGCUGUGACACUUCUGCAUUGUACAAAGCUGUGACAAGUGACACUGCAGUGACUUCUAACAGCUGAGAGAGAAAAUGCUUCCUGGCAAAGUGUGACAGAAGGUCCUGUGCUGUGGAACUGCUGAGACUUGCUGCAUGCAGCCUGCUCGGAGAGAAACAAGGUCCACCUCUUGUUUUGUUUUUCUUUAACUGAUUAAUGAAAUUGCUCCUGUUUGUGCACUGACUUUUCUAGAAUUGCUACUGCGGUGAUGUAAAGAAAUCGUUAUUUAAAAAAAUAUAUUUAUUUUGAAAGCAUUUGAUUAAUAUAUUAAUGUGAAAUGACUUUUGAAUGCAGAUUUGUUUUGCCAAGACUGUGAAGUAAAGAGAAAUCAGCUCAAAACUUGGGGUGUUUGUGUGUGUGUGAGUGGGCAAACUUCUGGUGAGCUGGUAGCCUUGGAUGCAGAGAGGAGGAAUUAAUAGCAAAACCACUUGGAUUUUAUAUUUUAUUAUAAGAAGCAAAAUGACCUGGCUUUUCACUGGUGACAUCAGUUGCUUGAAUUCUCUUGGGUGACUUUGUGAAUGAAAAUAAAAUGUUUCAGCAAACUUCCA